UCGACGCUAUCCUCCAUACGUUACUCUGCGGUCCAGCCGAGAAAGAAUGGUCCCUGAUGAGCCGCCGCCGCCGCCGCCGCAGCCUGAGCCCGAAGCAGCAUUCCCCUGCUCUCGGUGAGCCAUGAGCAUGCCACCGCUCCGGCCUCCUCGUCCAAGCUUUGUCGACAGUCGUUUACCACCAGCAAGAUGUAUUUCAACCCGAGGGCCAAGAAGAUACACAGUGAGGGAGCCUCGCCUCUCUCCCAUCAAUCCAACGGUGCAGGAGCUGCCUGCUCAUCCGGCGGUUACCGCAAGGCAGAUGAUGAGAUGUCCGGGACCACUUCCCAGGCGGAUCCCAUAGACGCCACCGCGCGGACGGUGCUGCUCAACCGGCCACAGAACACCAAGUUCUGCGACAACCAUGUCAGUACCACCAAGUAUGGGGUUCUCACCUUCCUUCCCCGGUUCCUGUAUGAGCAGAUCCGGCGGGCUGCCAACGCCUUUUUCCUGUUCAUCGCACUCAUGCAGCAAAUCCCUGAUGUAUCCCCGACCGGUCGCUACACCACACUGGUGCCACUCAUCUUCAUCCUCACUGUAGCCGGGAUCAAAGAGAUGAUAGAGGACUAUAAAAGACACAAAGCAGACAACACAGUAAACAAGAAGAAGACAACAGUGCUGCGCAACGGAGCCUGGCAGACGAUCAUCUGGAAACAGGUGGCAGUAGGAGACAUAGUGAAGGUGACCAAUGGCCAGCACCUUCCGGCUGACAUGGUUAUUGUGUCCUCCAGCGAGCCACAGGCCAUGUGUUACACUGAGACCUCCAACCUGGAUGGAGAAACCAACCUGAAGAUCAGACAGGGUCUCUCGCUCACAGCUGCUUUUCAGACCCUGGAGGAUUUGGUUGCGCUGUCUGGUCGUUUGGAGUGCGAAGGCCCCAACAGACACCUGUAUGACUUCACUGGCACACUGCGGCUGGAGAACCAGAAUCCAGCUCCCCUGGGUCCGGACCAGGUGUUGCUGCGCGGCGCCCAGCUCAGAAACACGCAAUGGGUUGUGGGAAUUGUUGUCUACACUGGCCAUGACUCCAAACUGAUGCAGAACUCCACCAAGGCACCACUGAAACGCUCUAAUGUGGAGCGGGUGACCAACAUGCAGAUCCUGGUCUUGUUUGGCAUCCUGCUGGUCAUGGCCCUGAUCAGCUCUGUGGGCGCCGCCAUCUGGAACAAAGAACAUACUGAAGAGUCCUGCUGGUACCUGUCCCGGGCUGGUGACAUCUCCACUAACUUUGCAUAUAACCUGCUGACGUUCAUCAUCCUGUACAACAACCUGAUCCCCAUCAGCCUGCUGGUCACUCUGGAAGUGGUCAAGUUCACACAGGCCCUCUUCAUCAACUGGGAUGAGGAGAUGUACUACGCAGAGACAGACACACCGGCCGUGGCUCGAACUUCCAAUCUUAAUGAGGAACUGGGCCAGGUGAAGUAUCUCUUUUCUGACAAGACAGGAACACUGACCUGUAACGUCAUGCACUUCAAGAAGUGUACCAUUGCGGGAAUUACAUAUGGCCACUUCCCUGAUCUUGACUGUGAUCGUUCAAUGGAGGACUUCAGCAAUCUGCCGCCCGCCAGCAGUAACUCUACAGAGUUUGAUGACCCAACUCUCGUCCAAAACAUUGAGACCCAUCCUACAUCACCUCAGAUCUGUGAGUUCCUGACGAUGAUGGCAGUGUGCCACACCGUGGUCCCAGAGAGAGAGGAAGACCAGCUCAUUUACCAGGCCUCUUCGCCAGAUGAAGGAGCGCUUGUCAAAGGGGCCAAGGGGCUCGGCUUUGUGUUCACUGCAAGAACUCCGCAUUCAGUCAUAAUUGAAGCUAGAGAAAAAGAGAUGAGCUAUGAGCUACUGAAUGUGCUGGAGUUUUCCAGUAACCGUAAACGCAUGUCUGUGGUGGUCAGAACCCCCAACGGGAAGCUACGGCUGUACUGCAAAGGAGCUGAUAAUGUCAUUUUUGAGCGUCUGACUGAGGCGUCCCAGUACAAAGAAUUAACUUUUGCUCAUCUGGAACAGUUUGCUACUGAAGGGCUGAGGACUCUGUGUUUUGCCUAUGUGGACCUGGAGGAAAAUGCCUACCAGGAGUGGCUAAAGGAAUACACUCGUAUCAGUACUGUGCUCAAAGACCGCGCUCAGAAACUAGAGGAGUGUUAUGAACUACUGGAAAAGAACUUAUUGCUGUUGGGCGCCACAGCCAUAGAGGACCGUCUGCAGGCUGGCGUGCCAGAGACCAUCGCCACUCUGAUGAGGGCCGACAUCAAGAUCUGGGUCCUCACUGGAGACAAGCAGGAGACUGCCAUCAACAUAGGUUACUCUUGCCGUCUGGUGACACACCACAUGUCCCUCAUCAUCGUCAACGAGGACUCUCUGGAUGCUACUCGUGCCACUCUGACGACUCACUGUUCAUCCCUGGGCGACUCUCUGAGGAAGGAAAAUGAGUUGGCGCUGAUCAUCGAUGGUCAGACGCUGAAAUAUGCACUGUCCUUCGAGCUUCGCCAGGCCUUCCUUGACUUGGCGUUGUCCUGCAAGGCUGUCAUCUGCUGCCGAGUGUCUCCGCUGCAGAAGUCUGAGAUUGUGGAUAUGGUGAAGAAAUACGUUAAGGCUAUCACACUGGCGAUAGGCGACGGUGCCAAUGAUGUGGGCAUGAUUCAGACGGCUCAUGUUGGAGUGGGAAUCAGUGGCAAUGAGGGCAUGCAGGCCACCAACUCUUCUGACUACUCCAUAGCACAGUUCUCCUACCUAGAGAAGCUGCUAUUGGUCCACGGGGCGUGGAGCUACAACCGGGUCACCAAGUGCAUCCUCUACUGUUUCUAUAAGAAUGUGGUCCUCUACAUUAUAGAGCUCUGGUUUGCCUUUGUGAAUGGGUUCUCUGGCCAGAUCCUUUUUGAGCGCUGGUGUAUAGGCCUCUACAACGUGAUAUUUACUGCACUGCCUCCAUUCACUCUGGGGAUAUUUGACCGACCGUGCAGCCAGCAGAACAUGCUCCGUUUCCCACAGCUCUACCGAAUCACCCAGAAUGCUGAGGGCUUCAACACCAAGGUGUUUUGGGGUCACUGUAUCAAUGCACUGAUUCAUUCAAUUAUUCUCUUUUGGUUUCCGCUUAAAAUGUUAGAGCAUGACUCGUCAUUCAGUGACGGUCAGGGAAAUGACUACCUGUUUGUUGGAAACAUGGUCUACACGUAUGUGGUAGUUACAGUAUGUCUGAAAGCUGGAAUAGAGACCACCGCUUGGACCAAGUUUUCCCACCUGGCGGUAUGGGGAAGCAUGGCGCUCUGGAUGGUCUUCUUUGCUGUCUACUCUGUCAUGUGGCCCACCAUCCCCAUUGCCCCUGACAUGCUUGGCCAGGCUGGCAAGGUGAUGCAGUGCUGGCACUUCUGGCUGGGCCUGGUCCUGGUGCCUACUGCGUGUUUACUCAAAGACUACGCUUGGACCGCCACACGUCGCACUGUGAGGAAGUCUUUGCUAGAGGAGGUGCAGGAGUUGGAGGCUCGGGCCGUAGACCCAGGGGCAGCUGUACUUCGGGAUGCCAGCGGCCGCAGUCUAAACGAACGAGCCCAUCUGCUGACAAGAGUAUUUAGGAAAACGCCUUCAAGCGUAGGACGUUCAAACUCGGUGCAGCAGACUGUGUCGCAUGGCUAUGCCUUCUCUCAAGAGGAGCAUGGCGUGGUGUCCCAAUCCCAGGUUGUGCGCUCCUACGACACCACCCGCCAACGCCCCAGCCUCUAGCCCUACCCCUGACCAAUGCUUCUGCUCACCGUAGCAACGGUUAUCAAGGCGACAGCGGAGACAGACUUAUGUGACACCCUCACGCCGCUUGACCGACCCCUGCUGUUGCCUUACUGGAACUAUGACCUGACCCCUCAUCGGGGGCGGGGUUAACGGUCAGGCGUGGUGACCGUUGCUGGCGCAUAUAGAGGACUGACUGACUUGAGAGAACGGACCAGGCCGAUGUUAUGGAAAAAAACAUUCUUCAAACUCAAACAAGCUGCACAGGCAUGAGCAAUCAUAACCACGCACAGGCAUGACAAGUCAAACUCAGAGACUGUUACUCAUAUCUGUAUACCCCACAGACUGGGUUUGCUUUAUGCCACUGUGUGUUUAUCCGUGUGUUUGUGUGCGCGUGUGUGCAUUCCUGUGCGUCUGUAUCUGCCUGUGCAUGGUAUGUUUACACGCAUUGGCGCUCCUGUGUUUGUGUGCAUGUGUGUUGGCCCGUGUGUGUUCGCUUCCACGGUUCUCCCUAAUCUCUCUCGUGAGGUGGGUUUAGCUUGUCUGUCAUCACAUGCCCAUGUGGGAGGGGAGGGGACGUAAAAAUAAACACACACACACACACACACACACACACACACACACACA